GGAGGAGGUGGGGAAGGGGGGAAGGUCAGCUCAUGAUGGAACUUCUGGUGCUGCUCAAUGCCCUGGUUACUCGGCUGCUUUUUGUCUUGCACUCCUUGCUUGGGGUCUGGAGAGUGACCAAAGUGAAGAAGGAGCCCAGAUAUUGGCUGCUGGCAUUGCUGAAUCUCCUCCUCUGCUUGGAAACAGCACUCACCCUCAAGUUUAAGCAAGGCAGAGGCUACAAAUGGUUUUCCCCAGCAAUAUUCAUCUAUCUGAUUAGCAUAGUACCUUCAUUGUGGCUUCUGGAGCUUCACCCUGAGAUUCAGCGUUGCCCUAAUGAAUUGGAACAGCUUGUGCAGAAUAUCAGCACAAAAGAUGAACACAAUUAUAGAAGUGAGGCCACGGACAGUCACAUAAUAAAGAAGGCCCGAGAUCUUGUCAUCACACUCUCCACUGUGUGUGAGCCAGUUUGGACGCUUGGUCUCCAUCAGACCUUUCUACUGCUCCUCAUCAUUGGGAGAUGGCUACUUCCCAUUGGUGGUGAAAUCACCCGGGACCAGUUGUCGCAGCUACUUCUUAUGUUUGUGGGUACUGCAGCAGACAUACUUGAAUUCACUAGUGAGACCCUGGAAAUAGAGAAUGUAAGGCACAACAAUGCUCUCGUGUACACAAUUCUAGCAGUAUGGGCUUGGAGCAUGCUGCAGUUCCCCCUGGAUCUUGCAGUGCAACAUGUUGGCUGUGGUCCAUCAGUCUCAUCCAAGAGGGUCUUCAGUUUCUAUCUUUGCAGACACAGUGCAGACCUAUGGAACAUUGGCAUCAGCUUGUUCAUACAAGAUGGCCCUUUUCUUGUGGUGCGCUUGAUACUGAUGGGCUAUUUUAAAGUCAUUAACCAGAUGCUGGUGUUUUUCACAGCUAAGAAUAUCUUAAUUGUGAUGUUACAACUGUACCGUUUAAUAGUGUUAUCAUUAGACUUCCAAGCCUCUCUGCGGUAUCAGUCAAACAGCCGGAAAGGAGGAGUUGGCUGCUGCCCAUGUGAGCCCAACAAUAUCAGCCUUCCGCCCAACAACUGUGAUAACGAUGAAAGGGAGUGUGCUACAGUUACUCUGGAGGAUUCCUCAUCAGUCACUAUUGAAGGCCUGUGAACUCAGAUCUCUGAUUCACUAUGAUCAGUUGUUUCCUUCCUUGGUUGGCAUAAAAGGACUGGCAUUGUCAGAGGCAGUCCACACACUUCUGACACAUUUCCAGUCCACUGCAAGAUGAAUGUUUGAUUCUAACAACCAAGAAGAGAUGUUGGAGCAGCAAAUCUGCCUGAAUGAAAAUGUUGCAAUCCUACUGAUUUAGGUAGGCUGGCAUUAAAUCCAUAGUGUUUAUACCUAAUGGGAUUCAAAUAGAAGUAGUUUUUUUAGAAGUUAAAAAGAUGUGAUGUAUUAGAGUACCUAGUUAUUGACUCCAGAGGCACUGUGCUAGCAGAACAUUCACCUGAAAUUCAGGUAUAUAGCUAUAGGAUGGCGGAGGACCUAUUUACCUCUCUGGAGAAUUGCUUCAACUGUGACAACGGCAUGGAAGUGCUUAUGAAUGAAAUAAUACAUUCCUUCUGCCAAUCUGGCAUGGAAAUGUUAUACAUUCAAUGAAUGCAAGAACAACUGGUUUACCAUUAUGCCUCUCUUGGCUGGACUGAAAAUAAUGCUUUGAGAUAUAGUCAAACAUGACAUUUCUCCCCCAAAUCUUGCUCAGUACUUCAUCAGCAUCAUGUUUGGUUUAACCUCAUCACAAUUCCAUUUCUUGCAGGAUUUUAUGGCAGACUUUUUAUACAAAGGCACUUGUCCUUUCAACAAUAUUAUCAGAUAAGUUUAAGAGACUGCCAAUUUGUGAUAGGCUUCUCCUUUAGCAAUAUGGUUUCCAUUGCUCGGCAAUCAGUAUGAGUCAAUGAUUCUUGAUGGAUAUCUGCAUGAAAACUGAGGAUAGGAGCUCCACACCUUGAAGCUAUCAAGUGCAUAUCAGCUUCUUUAUACUGUGUGAAUUGUACCCAGGAUCUGGUCAAUAAAUGAAAAGGCCAAAGUUGUUUCCACAUAUUCUGAGACUUGUAUUAGCAAAUACAUUAUAUGAAUGAAUGAAAAAACAAUAUUCAGUUCUGUAAUCAAUGUUGUAAAGAUUGCAUGCUUGCAAUAUCUUUUUUUUAAAAAACUGAUU